CUUGUAUUUCUCGAAGAAAAUGUCUGAUAUUUUGCUGGAUUUCGAAAAGAAAUCCCUGGAAUUUCAACUGAAAGUGACAGAAUCCCCUCUCUGUUAUGUCAGACAGCAGUGCGUUGCAGCUUCUCAAAUAGCUCUGGCAAUAUACAUCCCGUAUCCAAAUUUACUGAAAUGGCAUGCGCAUACCCUUGUUGAAAUGAAAGACGACAAAGAAAAGAGGUUAGACCACAUCGACAUUCUCAAGUUUUGGAUUCCUGGAAGAACGGAUUAAGAAUCCAUGAGAGAUUUAGACGCGAAGUUAGUGCAAUCGUAAAAAGUACACUGGGAAGAAAGUUAGUGGAAGUAAGAGAAAAGAGGCAGAAACAAAAGGGCUAAACUUAAGCAUUUUUAAAAGUGAACUUGUGUUACCUCAUGAAAUAGAAAAAAAAAUCUGUCUGCUGCAGAACAAGAAGUGGCUAAAAGGAAAUCGAAGUACAAGAAUCUGGAGAGUGAGAAAGAAAACUUGGCAAGGGAAAUGAUAGAAGCAUUAAAGCAAAAGAAAAUGAAAUGGAAGAGGCAGACAAAGCCGUAG